AUGGACCAAACUGUAACGCCGGAGAGCUUGAAUGCGAAAUCAGCCAAGGAAAGAAACACCAAGCGAACCUCAGAUGGUGAAGAGAGGGCGUGCAAGAGCGAGCUAUGCCAGCUAGUGCAGUGGUGUCGCAGCAACAACCUGGAAUUCAACGACAGGAAGAUGAAAGAGUUGAUCGUGGACUUCCGGAAGGCUGCACCAAAAAUGUACGGAAUGACCUGUAAUCGUCGCACAGAAGUUAUUUUACCCGUUUUGUCAAGAAAUGGAGAUAUCAUCCUUGGCGGAAUAUUCAAUAUACAUAUGGAAACGAUUGACGAUUCGCAGACAUUUACCUUUACCCCGCAACGCUCUGGGUGCAAAAGUUUUGAAGUUGUGAAUUUCCGACUGGCGCAAACAAUGGUUUUUGCCAUUGAAGAAAUAAACCAGAAUGAGGAUCUUCUCCCCGGAAUUACACUCGGAUAUCAGAUCCACGACGACUGCUCGUCUUCCGCGAUCGCCUCGAAGGCAGCGCUCGCUUUGAUUAACGGAGAUGAAAAAUCGGUUGAAUACCCUCAAUGUCCAGGUUCCUCCAAAGUUCCUGCCAUUGUUGGCUGUGCUAUGUCCACAAAUUCCAUUGCAACUGCAAGAACAAUAGGAUCCUUUGGGAUUCCGCUGGUCAGUUACUACUCAACUUGCUUCUGUCUAAGCGAUAAGAGAGAAUACCCCACGUUUGUUAGAACUAUACCCAGCGACCAGUACCUGUCCAAAAUUCUCGCUGAACUGGUGAGAACUUUUGGCUGGACUUGGAUUGGAACUAUUAGAACUAAUGACGAUUAUGGUAAUUUCGGAAUGCAGGGAUUUAUGGAACAUAUCGGAGAAUUCGGGGUGUGUAUUGCCUACUCUGAGUCAUUCUACAGAACCGAUCCGCCAGAGAAAAUCAGACGAAUUGUCCAGAUGAUUAAAUAUGCAUCCACGAAAGUGGUGGUGGCCAUUGCUCAUAUUGGUGAUAUGCGAAUUUUAUUGAAUGAAAUUUGGCGUCAGAAUGUAACCGGUAUACAGUGGAUUGGAAGUGAGGGUUGGGUAACAAAAAAUCUUCUCCCACCUAAGGAAAGAGCACUUUAUCUCACCGGGACAAUCGGACUGGUCUCUCCCCGGAUAGAGAUAGCUGGUCUCAGAGAUUAUCUUCAGACAAUCCAACCUUCUAACUUUCCUGGCAAUAUUUUGGUGAUGGAAUUUUGGGAAACAUUAUUCGCCUGCUCUCUUGCAGCAGACAACCUGACAACCUUGGCGAAUUCCGCAGGUCAAGUUCGUCAAUGCACAGGGAACGAGCAAAUGGAUGAUAUAGAAUCUAACUAUAUUCCGGCGAUAAUGGAUGGAAACUCGUUUCACGUUUACACAGCCGUCUACUCUAUCGCUCACGCACUCCACGAUCUGCUAAGCUGCGAAGAAGGGAAUGGGCCUUUUUUGAAUAACACAUGUGCCCAAAUUUCAAACCUUAAGCCGUGGCAGUUACUGCACUACCUCCGAAAUAUGAAUUUCACUGCGAAGACUGGAGAAGCCGUGUACUUUGAUGUAAAUGGUGACCCAGUGCCAAGAUACGAAGUCGUGAACUUACAAACGAAUUUGAGGGGUAAAUUGGACAUAGUAAACAUUGGGUAUUAUGAUGGCUCGGCUCCGCCAGGUCGCGAACUAACGAUGAAUGUCAAUGAAAUCGAGUGGAGCACGACAGGAAACGCGAUCCCAAGAGCAAUCUGUUCAGAAAUCUGUCCUCCUGGGAAAAGAAAAGUCAGGCAGAAAGGAAAGCCGAAAUGCUGCUUUGACUGCGUCGAGUGUCCCGAUGGUGAGAUCAGCAACGCCACUGGUUCCGCGGAUUGCAUCAAAUGCCCGUCCGAUUACUGGUCCAAUCGGGCAAAAACCCAAUGUGUUCUCAAAAAGGUUGAGUUCCUUUCCUUUCAAGAUAUUCUGGGGUUUGUAUUAGCGAUGUUUUCUCUAGUUGGAGCGUGCUUCACAUUGGCUACAGCUGUGAUUUUGUACCGGUUUCGAGAAACUCCUAUGGUCAAAGCGAACAACUCUGAACUCAGUUUCAUGCUCCUCUUCGCCCUCUUUCUUUGCUUCACUUGCUCUCUCGCCUUCAUUGGAGAACCCUCCGGCUGGUCCUGCAUGUUGCGCCGCACAGCUUUCGGAGUUAUGUUCGUUCUUUGUAUUUCCUGCAUCUUGUGCAAAACAAUUCUUGUCGUGGUUGCCUUUAGGGCAACCUUUCCCAACAGCAGGUCGAUGAACUGGUUCGGACCCGCGCAGCAACGCCUAAGCGUGUUUAUGCUGACUUUUAUGCAAGGAUUAGUUUGUGUUGUCUGGCUGAGUGUGUCACCUCCCUACCCCCUGAAGAAUAUGACCCAAUAUAGAGAAAUCAUUAUUCUGGAAUGUAACGUGGGCUCAUUGACUGCCUUUUGCAUAGUCUCGGCCUAUAUUGCGCUGCUGUCCAUUGUGUGUUUAGUGCUUGCAUUCCUUGCCCGUAAUCUUCCGUCCACUUUCAACGACGCCAAGUACAUCACCUUCAGCAUGCUGAUCUUUUGCGCCGUCUGGAUAACUUUUAUACCAGCUUAUGUGAGCUCUCCGGGAAAGUACACCGUUGCUGUAGAAGUGUUUGCUAUUUGGUCAUCAACUUUUGGUCUGCUGGGCUGUAUUUUUGCACCGAAAUGUUACACAAUCUUACUGAAACCAGAGACUAAUACAAAGAAACAUAUCAUGGCUAAAGGGACAUGA